CGCAGCUUUCAGUCUGUCGGAAACGUGUGUCCUUUGAUUUGUAUGCAUGUAAUGCAGGGGGAUAUUGAAAUUGUCGCUGAAGAUGCUCGCUGUUCCACAUCUCGACGCAACCUAUUGCAGUCUGAGGUCGUAUCUUUCUUCACACCAGUAGCAGAUAAAUUGAGAUCAAAGGAAAGUCCAUUUGUUCAAAAACCGCGUCUUGAUAUUGUUGAAGAAAAGCCGCGAACAAAAACUGUAGUUGUCAGAUUGAGCUCUCCAGGGAUUUCUGAAGACGCACAAACAUUGGACUGUAAAGUUGGUGUAAACUCUAACAAUUCAAUGCAACCAAUGGAAACUAUUCAAACCAAAUCACCAAUAAGUAGUUCAGUCAUGACAAACGGGUGUGUGCAAACGAACUCAAAUACAAAAGUACCGUCAGUAUCUCGUGCUUCAUCAAAUACUCCGAAUCGAAAAUCAUUGUUCACCAAUUUGAUUCGCAGACUUUCAACCCCGCGAAAUAAAAUGUCUCGCACUGAUAAUUUUGUAGUGUCGACUAAUGGCGAGACGGUUAUGUCACACAGUGACUUUGGAUCAAGCAAUCCUAGUCCACGAAAAUUACGCAGGUGGCUUACUAAGCGUAUAUGGAAAUCGGUAAAACAAUCUGAUCAACUUCAUGAAACACAGCCUAGCACAAAUUCAAAACCUUCAGUAACCAGUGUUGGUCCUGUUUUAGAAACUCAGUAUGCACACUCCGUAGUUGACGAUUUAUCAGAGGAAUUGGAAUUAGUCACUCAAGACUUUGGAUCUGCCCCAGUGCCUCGUAAGCACAUACUCGUACCACACCAAAUGAAGUCUGCCUCACCACAUACACAAAAUGUUUGCACUCAGAAUCCUAGUCAUACAGUCAUGGCUCAAGACGCUAGCAUUGACUACAACAUUCGUGUUUCCGUGCAAUCUGAACUUAAUGAUAUCAAAACGCACACUGAAGUCAAAAACUCGCCAAACUGUUCACCAUCUUCCUUAUUUUGUCACACUGACAUUUCGAAAAAUGAAUAUGUUGACCUCCAUUCUCCAGUGGCCAGUUCCCCACUACCGUUUGUUGUAACGCGCGGCAAUAGUAUUCGUUCUGUUGGUAAUGAAAUUCACCGUUUUGGGGUACCACGUCGUCAUAACAUAAAUAACAAUAAAACAAAUAAUGUCCAUCGAUCAGAAACUUUAAUCCCACAAUCCUGUGAAAAACUCUCACAAUCAUUAGCGUCCCAAUAUCCCACAUCUCCGUUGGCAGUAUGUACCUAUACACCCAGUUAUUUAAAUGCAUCAGUAGCAGCAUUUGGUUACAGCAACUAUUAUUCAGCAUCCAAAUCAAUUCAUAAUCUAGUCCAUACGGAUACCUCUCCUUUAAUAGUCCAGCACGCUGUUGAACACAAGCUGUCUACUCCUCCUCAUAGUAGAACAUCAAAUAUUGCACGUGAAUCAGCUACUUCUGUAACUUCAGAUACUAUGACUAAUGCUUUCGAUAAGCAGAAGUUACAAGUCGUGGAAAAGUCUGGAAGUCCUGGAUCUAUUUUGAAGGGUUCCCAGUCGGCUUGUCGUCGAACCGAGUCUGGUCGUGAUGGCGUUUCGAAAAGUAGCACAGAAAAUGUCACUUUGCGAAGAAAAAGGACCACCAGUAACAGUAAUAACACUGAUGAUCAAGAACACUGGAAUCGAUCUUCACUCAUUAUGUUGGCAGUAGCUCAUGCUAGUCCUCGUUGUCGUGCUGCAACUCCAACAAAAGUACUCAGCAAACCUUUCUCUCCAAAUCGCUCGGAUGCUGUUACUGCUUAUGGUGAAGUAGAUGAAAUAAGUGGAGAACUUAACACCUCAACACAAUUUAAGACGGAAAUUGUUGAUAUACUUGACAACAAUAAACUAUCAUUUACAGAAAAAGAUUCAUCAAUCAUAGAAGAGAAACAACAAAUCACUACUAAUCAUAACAUAUUAUCCAAUCAAUCAGAAAUUAAAAUCGAUGGAAAUUUUUAUCUUCAACAAGUAGAUGAAACACAGAAAGAAUUAUUGAAUAAAGUUUAUGAAAUUGAAACUGAUCUCAAUAAUGCAAUUGAUUUAAAUGAUGAAGAUGAAAAAUCCAUACAAUGUGUUACAUGUGGAAUUACAUUUUCUACACUCAAAGAAUGGAAAUCACAUUCUACAUUAUGCUGUAAUAAUAAUAAUAAUAAUAAUAGUGAUGGUGAUACAUUGGAACAUAUUUGUGAGCAGUGUGACGAACGAUUUACAACUGUUACACAUUUACGUUAUCAUAAACGUACUGCACAUCAGAGGAUUCGAACUUACGAUUGUGCACAAUGCGGACAACAUUUUCUUCGUCUCAAUAGUUUCAAAUAUCAUUGUUGUAUAGAAAAAAAACCCACCAGCAUAAAAACUGAUGACAGCCUGGCAUCAUCUACACCAAACGAAGUAACUACAACACUUCAUUCUUCCAACAACACAACCAUAAUAGUCACAACCACUGCCAAUCAGCAAUCAACCACAACAUCAAAUCUCCCUACACCUAUAUCUGAUAUUCCAACAUUGAAUUCAUUAUCAUCGUCAUCAUCAUCAAAUAAUUCAUGUUUUACAGCAAUUGCAAUCUUAUCCGCUUUAGUUUCUAGCUUGACUUCAGUAGCAGUGCCUGCCGCCACUGGUGCACUGACGCCGAAUUCAUUGAAAUCUAAUGACGACAAUGUUAUCAAUACAACAACGUCUAAUUGUGCGCCUACGGAACAAUCUUUCCGCAUUCCUUCAACACCUUUACUUGGUGUCCCACAGUCAUCGAUAUCGACUGCUCUGUCCAAUUUAAACAGAUCACUUUCAAAUUGUCUAUUGAACAGUUCUACACUCACAACAUCUCCAUCGAUAGACACACCUUGUUCAACUACUCCAAAUGUGAACACCACCGCAACUACUACUCCUACUACUACUGAUCAAUUAUCUUUCAUGAAUAAUAAUGUUACAUUAACAAAUGCCUUGGCACUUCUUAAUACACUUACUGCUUCAUUCCAUACAAAUGGUGUUCAUUCAGUGAAUACACAUAAUACCUUUGAUACAAGUCAAUUCAUCAACAAUAGUACUAAUUUGGAUAUAAUCACAACGAAUUCAAUGACGACUGAUUCUGUUGCUGCUACUACUACUACUACUAGUACUACUGAUAAUGUUGUUAGUAGUAGUAUUAUCACUGAGAUUAACCCAUCAUCUAUGAUAUAAAUCUAUGCAGGAUUUAUGAAUAUAUACCUCUCUCUCCUCUCCUCUACUGUGAAACAAUUCCCAAGUUUGAAUCAUUUUUUUUUGCGUGACCAGAUUAUUUUCCCCUAUUGUUGUAUACUUAUAUCCCCGGCGUUAUACUAUUUUUC